GGUUUACAUUGAACAAGCUUGACGAACAAAGUCAGAAAUCGUCGUUGCACAUUCAUGUGGUGCACAAGGUGGUUCCUGCCGCUGUUGCUUUUGCCUCUUCCAACCGCUCAACCUUUCUUUUUGGUGCUCUUCCUGUUUUCAUUAGCUUUGCACGCAAAACCAUGCUUCUACUGCAUCGUUCUUCUCGCAGCUCUAUUUCUGUCAUCAUGUUAUUGGCAAUCAUUUCCUUUGGAGACGCGCCUCUCAAUUCCAUGGUCCACCAAUAUCACCACCUUUUAUGAUGCAUUGCAUGCAACUCUACCACCUGAUCUCGACCUGCAGGAAUACAUGCCACCCAUAAUUCGCGUUAACGACAGAUGCUGGUGUGAUUUUACCUCGGGGAUUUUUGAACCAUACGAUAUGCAGAAAUGGGAGAGGGAAAGUGUGGAGAAACUAGCUGCAGAUAUGGUACACCAAAUGAAGGGGCGCACGGAGAAGCUCACUGAAGCAGAGGAGUCGCCAAGCACAGCAGGAGAAACACUAUCACCCGAGGAGACGCAUUCCUCGGCAAAUCAUACCGUAAACGUCAUAACCACCCAAAAGUCCACUUUAUCAGCAAUUCGUUCAAUGUUCGCCAAAUCGGAGGCUCGAGCCUCACCAUCAAUCACGGAUAUGGAACCGGUAAUGACGACGACAACGUUGGUCCCUUCUCCAACGUCGUCGCCAUCCCCUCGUCGACCACUUGAAUGUGACCUUAAUCCAUAUGGGUUUGAUCUCAUUCUCGAUUUUCAUUGGCCUUAGGUCGACAGGAAAAGUAGUGUUUGACGCAUGCUGCUCGAAACGUGUCUGUAUCAUCAUUAAUAUUAUAAUCAUAGACUAGGCAUCUGUUGUAUACUAUAUGUGUCUACUGCAGAGUCUAGACUUUCGAGCGUGU